AUGGUUAUUUUUAUGAAGGACUUUGUAGCAGAAAUGGGUCAGGACCAAACCAAACAGCAGAUUGAGAAGGGACUGAAGCUUUAUCAGUCAAAUGACACAGAAAAGGCUUUAUAUGUCUGGAUGAAAGUGUUAAGGAAGACAUCUGAUCCUGGGGGGAAGUUUCGAGUUUUAGGUUGUCUGAUCACAGCACAUUCAGAAAUGGGGAAAUACAAGGAGAUGCUACAGUACUCCCUAGCUCAGAUAAACACAGCCAGAGAGAUGGAGGAUCCAGACUACCUUACGGAGGGCUACCUGAACCUGGCACGCAGCAAUGAGAAGCUUUGUGAAUUCCAGAAGACGGUCUCAUAUUGUGAGACCUGCUUAAACAUGCAGGGCACCACUGUCAGCCUACAGCUCAACGGGCAAGUGUGUUUGAGCAUGGGCAAUGCCUACCUGGGCCUUAGUGUUUUCCAAAAGGCCUUAGUAAGUUAUGAGAAGGCCCUGCGAUACGCUCACAACAAUGACGACAAGAUGCUGGAGUGCCGGGUCUGUUGUAGUUUGGGCAACUUCUACAUCCAGCUUAAGGAUUAUGAGAAAGCACUCUUCUUUCCUUGCAAAGCAGCUGAACUGGUGAAUGACUAUGGUAAGGGUUGGAGUCUCAAGUACCGUGCCAUGAGCCAGUACCAUAUGUCAGUGGCCUACAGGAAGCUGAUGCGCUUAGCAGAUGCGAUGGAAUGCUGUGAGGAAUCAAUGAAGAUUGCACUGCAGCACGGAGAUCGGCCCCUUCAGGCAUUGUGUUUGCUUAACUUUGCUGAUAUUCAUCGCUGUCAGAAAGAUGCUGAUAAAGCAUUCCCUCGCUAUGAGUCCUCCAUGUGCAUAAUGUCAGAGAUCGGCAACCGCCUUGGACAAGCAUCCAUCUACGUCGGUGUGGGGAAGUGCUGGAUUCUGCAGAAGGAAUACGAUAAGGCUUUGGACUCAUUGCAAAGAGCUCAUGAUCUGGCCGAGGCGAUCGGAAAUAAGCUGUGUAUCCUGAAGGUGCACAGUCUGUGUGAAGGCAUCUACCGCUGUAAGGAGCAGCAGGAGGAGUUGAGAGAGCAGGUGGUGAAGUUCCUGCAGUGUGUGGAAGAGCUAGAGCUCUACUGUGGCAUGUGUGGGGAGUCUAUCGGUGAGAGGAACCAGCAGCUGCAAGCUUUGCCCUGCUCUCACAUUUUCCACCUCAAGUGUCUGCAGACAAAUGGCACAAAGGGCUGCCCAAAAUGCCAUCGUUCUUCAGUGAAGCUGGGUUUUGUAUGAGAUUGCACUCUUGCCUUGGACUGAAAGGUUGAAUCCCAUCAUAGUGACCCUUCUGGGAGUAGAAGUUCCAGAGCCUUCUUUCAGGAAGCUUUCUAACUGGACAAAAUGAGGGCUUUCAGUAUUUCCAUCCUGUCUUUAUGGCAACUUGGAAUAAUGUGGAAAUGACAGGACAUGGAUUAAAGUUCAACACAGAGACGUCAUGAAAGACGACAUAUAUUACACUGAGCUGACCUUAUAAUACUGCAUUGGUUUAAGACAGAAAAAACAGCCUUUGAUUGGACCAUGCAGCAUUGAUAUCCUGUCAGUGAGGAUAUUCAACAACAAGGUGAGAGCUUUGCAUAGCACAUGGUUACCUUAUGGACAUUAUUGUUCUAUUAUCACAGCCGAACAGAACAAAACAUGUAUAUUUAAAUCAUUUAUAACUUUCGAAGUGAUUUUUAAUCAAGUUUCAAGCCCUGAUCAAUUUCUUUAGAUUGUGUAAAUAAUUCAUGAAUGCUACAAUCAAUGUAAUUUUAAAAAGAUAAAGUUGUUCUCUGUCAGCGGUAUAAGAUAUGCUGAGAGAUGCUGUUCUGUUUGAGUUUGUUUGAGGUUUGUUUUGAGCUUGUAGUAAACUCAAAUGUCUCUAACUGCCUCCUGUUAGUGAACGGUAACAUUCUGGAGUAACAGGGGCAUGUGUUCAACUUAUUCACUUGACCAAUUAUGCAUUUUGUUAAUUAUUUAUGACAAUUAUUUAUUUAUUUUAAUAAGAACCUUAUACAGUACACACAACAUUUCUACAUUUCUGAUAACAACUAAAUUAAUUUACUUUAUUUUGAAUCUACAAAAUGUGAAAAAUAAUUUCUUUUUUCAUUUAUAGUACAGUAUGUGCAGUUAGAAGUAUAGGUUGCUGAUAUCAGGUUUACAACCUUAUGAUUAAUCUCCUUAAUCAUUAAUUUUUUAGAAAUCAUCAGAGAUUCUCAAAUGUGCAUAUGCAACAAAAAAUAUAAUUUUCCAGCAUGUAUAGCACUAAAGUAUUUGAGUGUGUUUAAUCAGAAUGGCCCAAAUAUUUUAUCCUUAUUUCUUUGUGGGCACUUUCAUUAAAUUUUUCAGUCAAAAAUAAAUAUAAUCAAAUUGCCAUAUGUAUGAUCAAUUGAUGAUAGAUUUUCAUAUUUAUUUUUUAAUCAUCAUCUUUGAUCAUCUGAGGAAUAUUCAUAUUUUGUAAAUGACUAUUAAGCAAUUCUCUAAACUUUUAAAAACUGCUAAAUUGAUUUCUCAUUUUACUUUGUAAGGACUUCAGAUAUAAUCUGAGGUCUUGUGCAUGUUUCUUCGGACUCCUUCUGAUCUUCUUUUUGCCACUUUAAUUUUCAUAACUAAAUAAUAAAAUACAAAUUAAACACAUCCAAAGACAUUUUAUAAAAUAUUAUACAUUUUGCUAUAUCUCUUGCCACAAGCAUAAUAAGCAUUUGCAAUGUAAGAGUUUGCGAUGUUGAAUGCUGGAUGCGAUCAGGCAUUUUCUUAGAAAUAAAUAAUAAAACAACAUUACACAGAGAUUUCUAAUUGUUGAACUUAUUAAUAUAUGGGAGCAAUGUGUAAAAAUGCUGCUUAUUUAUUUCUCUUUUACCUUACUUUCAUUUUUAUAGUAACUUCUAUUACUUUGUCCUUCUAUUCUAAGCUUAUCUCCCUGUUUACUAACUGCAUGCUGUAUAAAGCUGGUUCACAUCCUGUUUGAUAUCAGGUCAUAACUACCUCUCCACAUUUGUCCCUCUCAAUACUUGCAUAUUUAUGCAGCAGUAUCUUCUGAAAAUGAGACUGAAAAAAUUGUUUAAUUAAGAGAAGUCCUGUUUAUAAAUACAUAUUCAAUCAA